GUCUGUCAGAGGGAUUACUUUAUUUUUUCGAAUUUGUACAACUCUGAAGUUACAUCGUUAGUCCUGGAAGAUCAUAUUUUAAAUACACUAGCUUUAAUACCAUCGGAUAUAUGUGUGUAAUUGAGUUUAGUAGAAGUCAAUUUGGCAAAUGGGAAACGGAUUAUUCAGAGAAUCUUGCCUUUCGCGGACUUGCUGCUCUAUGUAAUUAUUCGCUGCUGUACUGUUAGCUACUAGCUAGUGAUAACGCCUGAUAGUUAGCUAAAUCGUUUAAGAAAUUUGGGACCGUUGUGAUAGUAACUUGAGGGAGGCUUUUACAACAAGACAACUUCUUUAUUGGACGGAAUACGACGGAAGUGCAAGGAUAUAACUAAGGUUAUGUUGAAGUUGUUUCGAGCGGAAAUGUGUUUUUUUUACCAUCAGCUAGCAUCUAGUAAAUUAGCUAGUUAGUUGACAGGGGAUAUCCUCGGACAUUGGGUAUGGUGUUGUAACUUCGUAACGUUAACAAGUAAAUAACUUGCUAACGUUACCUACUUUAGAUUUGUUUAACCAUAUAAUUUAACAUAGCAAGUUAAAGAUGCGGGAUUCAGUGAAUUUCAGUGUUCUCCAUAGGACCUGCAAGUUGGUCGUCCUUCUAUGUUUUUUCCAUAUUUCGGUCACUUUCAUUUUUUACGUGAGGUCGUUAGAUUUUCGUUUUGCAUUUGCGAAGCACGACCAAACUGCAUCAAAGGACACAGUACCGGACGCGUUUGAAACGAACCACUUUUCUGUAGACAACGUGACUACAAUCACCAAAGAGCUUGGAAAAUGUCCUGACACAUCGCCACUGCUUGUUGGCCCACUGCGAAUUGAGUUCUCCAACCCAGUCAGCCUGGACGUGGUAAGGAAGGAAAACCCCAAUCUUAAGAAUGGGGGGCGCUUCAAGCCCAAAGACUGCGUGGCCUUCCAGAAGGUGGCCAUCAUCAUCCCUUUCCGCAACCGCGACGAGCACCUCAAGUUCUGGCUCUACUACCUCCACCCCAUCCUUCAGCGCCAGCAGUUGGACUAUGGCGUCUAUGUCAUCAACCAGGACGGUGAUGAAGUCUUUAACCGUGCCAAGCUCCUCAACGUUGGCUACUCGGAGGCCCUGAAGGAGUACGACUACGGCUGCUUUGUGUUCAGUGACGUGGACCUCAUCCCCAUGGAUGACCGCAACACCUACAGGUGCUUCAGCCAGCCCAGGCACCUGUCUGUUUCCAUGGACAAGUUUGGCUUCAGAUUGCCGUACAACCAGUACUUCGGAGGCGUGUCGUCAAUGAGCAAGGAGCAAUUCCUCAAGAUCAACGGCUUCCCCAACAACUACUGGGGCUGGGGAGGAGAGGACGAUGACAUUUUCAACAGGCUGAACUCCAAGGGGAUGACCAUCUCACGGCCCAGCGGAGCCGUGGGGAAAUGCAGGAUGAUCCGCCACAACCGGGAUGGUGGGAACGAAGACAACCCCCAGAGGUUCGACCGCAUCGCCCACACCAAGGAGACCAUGAACAAAGAUGGCAUAAAAACCCUGUCGUACAAAGUGGUCAAAGUGGAGAAGGAUCAAUUAUACACCAAAAUCACUGUGGACGUGGGGGAAAAAAUGACUCUGCAAACCAAUUAAAACCUGAACAGCCUUGACAACCAAUUUGCCACUGUGGUGGAUGCUGUAACCAAAUGUGCCUUGACACUAUAAAUAAUAUUAUGCCCUGGACUCUUUGGUCCAUAGAGAAUGACUGAUCUAAUCAGCAAACAAACAUGUUCCCCAAUAUUCCCUUUAUUUUCGGUCUUUGCACAUCCGAUGGUGAAUUGAACUGGGAUUCCAGCGUUUCCAUCAUAUGAUCCUUAAUGGAAUGAGAGUUGACAUCCGGGGUGGUUUCAGGCUGAUAUGGCCCCCAGUCUCUCUGUCUGGAGACGGCUGCUGAGACCAAGUCUUUUGUGAGCCAUUUUGUCUAAUUGAAAUGUCUAAUUGAUUGUCCUAUGCAUCAGGGACUCUCAAAUAAUGUGUUUUGUCACUUCUGGGGGAUUUCUUGCUAAUCCUUUUUAAUGCCUCUGCUGAGCAGAGUUUCAACCAAUCAAAUCGCAGGAGGUCAGGCCAAAGAUGGAACUCUGCAAUUCGGAGGUCAAUAACAAACGAAAUCACUUUGGUUUUCUUAACAAAACCAAUCUUAAAGGAUUUUUGUACUGAUGUUCCAUCAAGAUUUUGAACUUACCCCAAAGGGCCUAGAAUUCCAAAAACAAAUAGUUGAAACGGCCAAAUCCCAUGAUAUUUACGUUAGGCAUUCUAAUUCUCACUGCUAAGGGUCCUUAAAGGAAAAUAUGUGGGUAUUUGUUUUUCGUUAGUCUAUUGUUGAUAUAGUCCGAAAAUGUAUUGCAUGUCAGCAAUCAAGUUUUCAAGAUGCAUAACUUUUGAAAUACAGCCAGUAUGAUGCAUUUUGCAUCAUAUAGUUUUUGUGUUUUUUUUGUUGAGUAUUUUAAACUAUGUGAAAAGUGUCUCUGCUGAAGCUCCCUUCCCUGUGAAGACCACCAUUCAAGGCAGCCUGUAAGGAGGCCUCUCCUUAGUUGGAAAAAAGGCACCUGAAUGUAUUGCCUGGUGGUGUUGUGAUUGUGUACCCUGAGGUAAAAUGAUACUGCGCUGUUGUCUAUCACGAGUGUCUGGUGUUGUAAUUAUUAUUUUUUUUAAGUCUGGGGG